AGACUGUGAAAAAUUUCUUCCUUCAAAUUUUAAUUAAUUAUUUCAAUAAAUGAACGAAAUAAUUGGAGAUCCUGUUCCAGAAAUUGACUUAGAUGACUUUGAAGAUUAUUUGAAAGAAGUAACGAACGAUGGACCAUCUCAACUUCACUUGGAAAUUCUCAAAAAACACUUCAGUCACGAAAAUUUUCGCCCGAUGCAAUGGAAAGUUAUUUCCGCAAUCCUCAACCGUCAAGAUAAUUUCGCCGUGAUGGCAACUGGCUACGGAAAAUCUUUGUGUUUUCAGUAUCCGCCGGUUUUCAUGGAUGGCGUCGGGCUCGUUAUUUCUCCGUUGAUCAGUUUAAUGGAGGAUCAAGUUUUGUCCUUGAACGCUUCAAAUAUUCCCGCUUGUUAUCUCAAUUCAGCCCAAAAUGACAGACAAGUAUGGCAUGAUGUCUUCAAGAAAAAGUAUCGAUUGGUUUAUGUGACACCGGAAUUCAUCACCAGUCCAACCGGAGAAAGGCUUUUAACCGAAUUGCAUGACGAUUUGACCCUAAUUGCCAUCGACGAAGCUCAAUGUGUCAGUCAAUGGGGUCACGAUUUUCGUCCGUCGUAUCGCCAACUGAGCACAUUGCGUCAAAAAACUCGCGGCGUUCCGAUUGUCGCGGUAACGGCAACUGCCACAGACGCCGUUCGCGACGACAUUGUUCGAGUUUUGGGCUUGCAGAACCCCCUGAAGUCGUGUUCGGGCUUCGAUCGUGCCAAUUUGGCGUUUUACGUGCAUCUGAAAGGCGAGGGCGGACCCAUGAGCGACUUGAAACCGCUAAUUCGGCAAACGCCAACGGGCAGCAUCAUCAUUUAUUGUCUCACGCGGAAGGUGACGGAAGAUUUGGUCGAUCAGCUGCGCGGAAAUGGGAUCGUAUGUGAGGCAUAUCAUGCUGGAAUGACUUCGGAACAGCGAAAAAUCGUCCAUGAAAGGUUCAAAAACGAUAAAAUUCGAAUAAUUUGUGCGACAAUUGCUUUCGGGAUGGGAAUUGACAAGCCGGAUGUGCGAUUAGUGGUUCAUUAUGGGGCUUCGAUGGACAUCGAGAGCUAUUAUCAGGAAGUAGGACGAGCUGGAAGAGAUGGAAAACCCGCAAAAUGCGUCACUUUUUACAGCAGAGCGGAUUUUAUGAUUCACGGCGUCUUAAGGGAAGCUGGGCGAUUAUCUCCUGCUGUGAAAAAAAAUUUAGAAAAAUUAUCUGACAAAAUGUGGGACUAUUUAAACACCCGAAACUGUCGUCGAGAAUUUAUUUUAAAUUAUUUCGAAGGUUUGAGUCCAAAAACCUCGAUUAAAGCGAAUUGUUGUGAUAAUUGCAUCGAAAAAUUGAGUCCUUCGAGAAAUUCUGAUGACCUUGACGAACUCACCGAAGACGGAAAAUUCGAUUUUUCGGAAGAUGCUCGAAAAUUACUUGCAGCCAUUAAAUUAUUCAACGGCAAAAAAGGUUUAAACGCCUCCGUUUUGACUCUCAGAGGCAGUAAAGCGAAAGCCGUUCCCGCAUUUGCUCAAUUAAAACCAAUUUACGGAUCAGGAAAGGACAAACCCGAUGAAUGGUGGAAGUCACUGGCGAUUUUGCUCGAUCGUGAGGGAUUUUUAGAAAAGCAUCCCGUUGGAAGUCAUCCCAAAAGAGUGAAAAUGACCUUUCAUGGCGUUGGAGUGACAAAAAAGGCACAAAAUUGGAUGAAAUCGGGAGACGGGUUGAAAUUGACGCCCACGGCGGAGAUGUUGCCUUUGCUGGUGCAGAAGAAAAAUUUCUCAUGUUUAGCUUUUAAUUCAGAUUUGAGUAUUUUUGUACCUAAAAACGAAGAAAAGCAAGAUUUAAUGACAAUUUUAAUGGAAAAUAGACUGAAAAAUUUCAUUAUUGCACCAAUUUUGAUGGAUUUUAAUGGAAAAAUUAACAAUUUUAGAUCGUUUUAUGUCAGAAAGUUGCAUGAAACGAAGGUAGAUGAAACAAAAGUUAGUAAAUUAAGACCAGAAUCAGUUCUGAGGAAGUCACAUCGAGGACGAUGUACGAUUCUUUAGCUAAAUUUUAAGAUUUAAAAAAAACUUGAAGCUACCUCCGAGUUACGUGCAAUAAAAUUUUAGUGACAAUUGUUAAUUUUAGUUUUUUAGUGAAAAAAUAGUAAUAAAUUGUUAAUUA